AUGCCAGAAGAUGUUGAUAAACAAUAUUCCACUAUGCCAACAACACGUCGACUUAAAAUGCAUAAAGCUCGAUUGGCCGCUGCUGCUGCCAAUGUAGAUUCAUAUUCAUCGAUUAGUGGAGGAGGUCUAAUGUUUAACAAUUCAACAUCAUGUACAAGCUCAGGUCCUUUAAAAGCAUUACAUCCAUUAGACAAUGUACUUCCACAAUCUUUAUCAAAUACAUCUUACCGAGAUCCAGAGGAAAUAGACAUCGAGUUUCAGCUAGAUCAACCACCAAUUCUAAGAAGUCGAAAGCAAAAUACUAGUUUCCGUCAUGCCGUAGAUCGUUCAUUUUACCCUACUUCUACUACCACUACUACUGCUGAUACUACUACCACAUACUCUAAUUCAUUCGAUACAAAUGCUUCCCCAUCAUCUUCUGCUCCCCCCAUACCACCACAUCGUCCGCGUAGUGAAAGCGGCACUCGUGACAAGUUGUCUAAUAAUCCUCAGCAUAAAAAUUCCAGUAAAACAAAAAACUCCAAUCCCUUAACUGAAAAAUCCACAGGUUCUAUUUUAUUCUCUUCUUCUCCUUCAGUCUACAAAACAAUUGAUAAACUUGAACGUGCUCAUUCGAAAUCUCGUCCAGAAAUUCAUUCAAAUAAUUCUGUCUUAGUCAAAGAUUCAAAGUCAUCGUCACAUUCCAUUUCAAAUAAUAAUCUCCCUACUGAACAAAAGCACAGUAAAAGUGGACGAAUAAGUUUGAAAAAUCUCUUCAGAAUUGGUAAUUCUAAAACUGAAUCCGAAUUGAAUGGUGACUAUUUAAUACAUAAUUCUAAUCAAUCUAAAUCAAUAUCGGAGACAUCAACUAUUCUAUCUAAAAAACAAUUACGACGCCUUUCAGUUCCUGAAUAUCAAUUUACUAGUAAUCGUUUAACAUCAACAAAAUUAAUCGAUAAAAUUCAUGAAAAAAACAGUUAUAAUAAUCUUACUUCUACCACUACCACUACUACUACUACCAUUCCAUCUGUUCAGCAAAUCUUUAAUCAUUCAUCUAAUCAGUCAAAAUUAUCUAACACUACUCAUUAUAUGGAUUCUAAUAUAAUUUGUAAUGAUUCUAUGUACAAAACAAUAUCACCGAAUAUAAUGCAUAAUCAUCAUCAUAAUAAUUAUAAGACUAUCUCUGUAAAUCAUCCAUACUGUCCUCCACCUGAUAUUAGUCCACCUCCGCUACCACCUCGUGUCAGUUAUACAACACCACCUAUAUUAACAACGAAAUCGAAUCAUUCCAAAAUGAUUAAAUAUCGUCCACUGCCAGAAGAGCGAUCUAAUAAUGAUCCUCGAAUGAUUGAUGAGACAAAACAGAAUAGACGCAAAAAAUCAUCAUACUCAAUGACCACAUCUGUUAUCUCAUCCCAUUCAAUUACUCAUCAAUCAAAAUCAUCUCCAAAAAUCACUUCAACAGCUUCGUCUCCGACUUAUUGCUUAGCAUUAAACACUGUUGAACCAACUGUAUUAUCAACAAGUAUUAAAAAAUCGAAUUAUGGUCAUGAUGACAAUAACGCAUUAGUAACUAACGACAAUUCUUGUAGUCGUCGUCGCCGUCAUCAUCAUCAUUAUGAACAUCAUAAAAAUUCUAACCAACAGGAUGGUAUUCUCUCCGAAAGUUCCAUUAAAUCCCAGACACCUGCUAUUUACAUGAAUUCUAAGCAGAUAAGUAAAGAUUAUAAAAAAUCUACUCCAUCUCCUCAUCGUUCACGUUCAUCUCAUGCUCGUCUACCAUUGAAUAAAAGUCAACCUAAUAAUCAUGAUAAUAUAACAACAACAACAAACACAGUAGCAACAAUAAUGUCAACAACGAAUUCACCUGAAUCUAUUCACUAUUAUCAAGCACCAGUAAUUUCUAGUCAUUCAGCUAUGUCAACUCCUCGUCGUCAUCGUCGUUUACAAGAUGGUCGGAAAUCAGAAUAUCAUAUCAAUAAUAGAAAACAACAAAUCACUAUGCAAGAGGCAUCAUUAAUUGUCUCAUUUCCAAUGGAUAAAUUAAUUACUCCGAAACAUUCAUCAAUCCAUCAUCAACAUUGA